AUGGUGCGAAGACGCAGCUGUUUUGUGUGCGGCCAGCUGGGCCACUUGGCCGAGGCUUGUGGCUCCACCGAGAGACUUUGCGUGAGUUCUGUUCAUUCCCCGCUCGACACGUCGCAGGGCCGGCGCGAUGACGAUGGCAGUAUACGGGCGCUUGUCAGCCAAUCCGCCUGCAAGCUUGGCAGAGAUGUGAUGGGGCACGUGCAAAGCAGAAGCUGCCAUUGCGAGGGACGCGGUCAUGCUCUCGCUUGCGCGCGGGCUAGGCGACGAUCAUCCAAGAGGAGAUACCACCGCGUACUGCGAGAAGGCGCAGCGAGCAAGCGAAGCUCACACUCGACCCACUUGCUCACCCACACUCCUCUUUCUUGCAGUUCAACUGCUCCAAGCCCGGCCACGAAUCUUCGGCCUGCCCCGAGGAGCGUACCGUGGCCACGAAGCAGUGCUACGCCUGUGGCGAGUCGGGCCACAUCAAGUCUGCCUGCCCCAACCCGACGAGCGCAUCCGCGGCCGUCGCGACGGCGACAGGAGCCGCGCCCGGAGUGGUCAAGUCCGAGUCUCUCGCCAAACGUGUGGGCGGAGUCAACGGUCAGAACAAGAAGGCUGCGGCAGCCUGCUACACUUGCGGUGGACCUCAUUUGGCUCGCCAAUGCCCUCAAGGUUUCUCUUCCAAACCAGCUGCUGCCAAUGCUGAUCGUCCUUGCUACAAUUGUGGUGUGGCCGGUCACAGAGCUAAAGAUUGCACGUCGGAAGCUACGGAGGCUGGCGCGGCUGCUGCUAGCAAGGCUCCUCCUCGUAGACAGCGUGGAGCACCGGGCACUUGCUAUGGAUGCGGUCAACCUGGUCACGUCAGGCGGUGAGCGUCCUCCAAUCUCUUACAGCGCGUCUCUGACGAGCGACGAGCUGACAUCGCUUUGUUGCAUUCUGACUCUUAGCGAGUGCCCAGCACACGCUGAUCCUCCCGCCGCUCCUACUAGCGCGGCCGUGAUGGCUAUCUAA